GAUAAUUCCAGUCCCUGUAACUAAAGCCUCAAACAAUGCAUCAUGCAAUACAUCCAUGCAUCAUGCCUAUUCUUAUCUCCUCUGCCAGAAGAUGUCAUACAUGUAGGAAGAUAAUGACUAGUUAUUGCAUGCGUUCAAGAUUUUUUUCUUUGCUGCGAGAAAAUAGACUUGGUAUUUUAGUGGAUCCAGGCCAUGCGCAUUCAGAACAAGCACAGUAGCGAUAGCUAGCCCUAGCAGUCUGCAGAUCAGAAAGUCGUCUUUCCUGAUGUCAUCGUCCACAUUGUCACGGAGGGUUAUCUUGUUCAAGCAGAUUCCAGCGGAUGGUAGCAUCGACAAGUAUGCGAAGCUGCUAUCGGAAUCAGGCUUUGACCCCGAGGUGGUGCCGACUCUGUCGUUUGAGUUUUGCUGUCAACCGGAAGUGCAUGAAGCUCUCUCACAUCCCGGCAACUACCGCGGUCUAUUGUUGACUAGCCAGCGUGCUGUCGAAGCAGCUGCCGCAUCGUGCAUUCCAGCGGAUGGGUCCGCGGCGCAGGCCUUCGGAGAGACAAUCGCUCCCGAGUGGAAUGAGCGUUUGGUGUGCUCGGUCGGUGCGGCCACGAGUCUUGCUGCUACCGAGCAACUUGCUCUGACAAGUCACUUCAAGGAUGCUGGAAAUGCUGAGCAGCUUGCGGAUCAGCUGCUUACAGAGUUGUCUCGGGAUGGCUGCACUCAUGGCGGUGGCGACCUUCCAUUCCUCUUUCUCUGCGGAGAUUUGCGCCGCGACACUCUGCCAGACAAGCUACGGGCGGCAUCUCAUCGGGUGCAUGAGAUAGUUUGCUAUCGGACAACCGCGGCUCUAACGCUGACUACACGCGGUCGAGAGAUCACUGCUGAGCUCACCGGGUCCAUGCCAGAGCCUGGUGCCGAGGGUUGGACAUGGCUUGUAUUCUUCAGCCCAUCUGGAGUUGAGUUUAGCUAUGCGUCGCUACUGUCACAGCUGAGUGGUGUGGCCCAUGUCAGAGUGGCCGCCAUCGGGAAGACAACGGCCGAUGCUCUGCUGCAACAUGGCGUGACAGUGCACGCAGUGGCUAAGAAACCCUCUGCAGACAACCUACUGGAAGCUAUUGCUGCUGCAAGUACAUGCAGCACCCCAUCCUAACUAACACACACACAGGUACCCCCGCUGCUGGUGCACACACAGGUACCCCCGCUGCUGGUGCAGUGUCUGCUGCCCUCGUGACAUCCGAUGUGUUGGCACUGUAGAUGAAGAAAGUUUCGUUGUGAUGCAACUACUGAGUAAAAGGCCAUUGUCAUGUCAUGUCAUGACAAAGAGUAGUGUUGUUUUUGUGUAAUAGUAGCUGCGCGUGGGAAAGUCCGUGUUGCCUUUAACGAUUGAGGACGGCAAGAGCGCCGAUAUGUCACGGCUCUGAAUGGAACACCACUUUCACUACAGCGCUGUAUGAAACACAUCCAUUGCUGUGGUUUGACUGCCAUAUCGCGGUGUCGCGACCGUUGAUGGAACGUCUUUGCUGUGUCACGACUGUUGAUGGAACGUCUUUGUGAUGUAACAACUCCUGUAUCGCUGUAUCACGGCUGUUGAUGGAAAGCCUUUGCUGCAUCACGACUGUUGAUGGAAAGCCAUUGCUGUGUAACGACUGUUGAUGGAAAGCCUUUGCUGUGUCACGACUGUUGAUGGAAAGCCAUUGCUGUGUCACGACUGUUGAUGGAAAGCCUUUGCUGUAUCACGACUGUUGAUGGAAAGCCAUUGCUGUGUCACGACUGUUGAUGGAAAGCCAUUGCUGUGUCACGACUGUUGAUGGAAAGCCUUUGCUGUCUCACGACUGUUGAUGGAAAGCCUUUGCUGUGUCACGGCUGUUGAUGGAAAGCCAUUGCUGUGUCACGACUGUUGAUGGAAAGCCUUUGCUGUACCACGACUGUUGAUGGAAAGCCAUUGCUGUGUCACGACUGUUGAUGGAAAGCCUUUGCUGUAUCACGACUGUUGAUGGAAAGCCAUUGCUGUGUCACGACUGUUGAUGGAAAGCCUUUGCUGUAUCACGACUGUUGUUGGAAAGCCAUUGCUGUGUCACGACUGUUGAUGGAAAGCCUUUGCUGUAUCACGACUGUUGAUGGAAAGCCUUUGCUGUGUCACAAGACUCACAACUGUUGAUGGAAAGCCUUUGCUGUAUCACGACUGUUGAUGGAAAGCCAUUGCUGUGUCACGACUGUUGAUGGAAAGCCAUUGCUGUGUCACGACUGUUGAUGGAAAGCCAUUGCUGUGUCACGACUGUUGAUGGAAAGUCUUUGCUGUGUCACGACUGUUGAUGGAGAGGCUUUGCUGUAUAACGACUGUUGAUGGAAAGCCAUUGCUGUGUCACGACUGUUGAUGGAAAGCCAUUGCUGUGUCACGACUGUUGAUGGAAAGCCAUUGCUGUGUCACGACUGUUGAUGGAAAGCCAUUGCUGUGUCACGGCUGUUGAUGGAAAGCCAUUGCUGUGUCACGACUAUUGAUGGAAGGCCUUUGCUGUGUCACGACUGUUGAUGGAGAGGCUCUGCUGUGUAACGACUGUUGAUGGAGAGGCUUUGCUGUAUAACGACUGUUGAUGGAAAGCCAUUGCUGUGUCACGACUGUUGAUGGAAAGCCAUUGCUGUGUCACGACUGUUGAUGGAAAGCCAUUGCUGUGUCACGACUGUUGAUGGAAAGCCAUUGCUGUGUCACGGCUGUUGAUGGAAAGCCAUUGCUGUGUCACGACUAUUGAUGGAAAGCCUUUGCUGUGUCACGACUGUUGAUGGAGAGGCUCUGCUGUGUAACGACUGUUGAUGGAGAGGCUUUGCUGUAUAACGACUGUUGAUGGAAAGCCAUUGCUGUGUCACGACUGUUGAUGGAAAGCCAUUGCUGUGUCACGACUGUUGAUGGAAAGCCAUUGCUGUGUCACGGCUGUUGAUGGAAAGCCAUUGCUGUGUCACGACUAUUGAUGGAAAGCCUUUGCUGUGUCACGACUGUUGAUGGAGAGGCUCUGCUGUGUAACGACUGUUGAUGGAGAGGCUUUGCUGUAUAACGACUGUUGAUGGAAAGCCAUUGCUGUGUCACGACUGUUGAUGGAAAGCCAUUGCUGUGUCACGACUGUUGAUGGAAAGCCAUUGCUGUGUCACGACUGUUGAUGGAAAGCCAUUGCUGUGUCACGGCUGUUGAUGGAAAGCCAUUGCUGUGUCACGACUAUUGAUGGAAAGCCUUUGCUGUGUCACGACUGUUGAUGGAGAGGCUCUGCUGUGUAACGACUGUUGAUGGAGAGGCUUUGCUGUAUAACGACUGUUGAUGGAAAGCCAUUGCUGUGUCACGACUGUUGAUGGAAAACCAUUGCUGUGUCACGACUGUUGAUGGAAAGCCAUUGCUGUGUCACGACUGUUGAUGGAAAGCCAUUGCUGUGUCACGGCUGUUGAUGGAAAGCCAUUGCUGUGUCACGACUAUUGAUGGAAAGCCUUUGCUGUGUCACGACUGUUGAUGGAGAGGCUCUGCUGUGUAACGACUGUUGAUGGAGAGGCUUUGCUGUAUAACGACUGUUGAUGGAAAGCCAUUGCUGCGUAACAACUGUGGCAGUUACACUUGAGCUACGGCAGAGGAAAAACACUGCUAAUGGACCUGCGACAUGUUCCAGUUGUCGAUUGAGAUCUAUGGCUGUACUACUACAACUGCAGAUGGAAAGGUCAGCCCUAUGUUUCAAGUGGCUAUGGAAGAACAGCACUUUGUAAGAAGAAGCAGCUGAGGAUGAGGGAAAGUCCCCUCUGUGUUACUGCCGGAGGUGGAAACUGGAAAGCGGCCAUUUCUGUGCAAUAUGUAUGGAUGAAAAGUCAUUGCUGUGCAGCAGGGCAUGCAUGGAUGGAAAGCUGUACAGUGCUACCGUCUUGCAACACAGUAAGAUACAUGUACUCGUGUGCACUGGAACACUACAGCUGUGGUCUGCCUUGCAUGACUGAGUAGGAUGCCCCGCUAGUGUCGGAUCUAACAGAGUGGUAAUGUCACUAGUCAUAUGACUGCGCUGUACAACGUAUUGCCUGCAUCAGAUUAUGUAGUGGUUAGGCCACCAGGCCAACUGGUGAUACAUAUCAACAUGACAAGUUGCGGAUUUAAACUCUGUCCAGUCUGUACAGUGUUGGCUGUGCUACCAUCAAGCCUUGCUUAUCUUGCUCUGCAGGUCCCGAGUGACUGGUACACGCGGUGCUGCACGUGCAGUUUGUGUUUUAGUUAGCACCUUACUACAGCGGUGAUACUGCACUAGCAUGUUUGACUAUGGCAGCAUGUUUCAAGGCGGAGGACACGCUGCCACGUUAGCCUAUCAAGCAAGCCUCGCAUGGCUCUACCAGCUCGUACUGCUACCAGUUUCAACUUUUUAUUUUUAAUUUUUUAAUUUUUUAUGGCGAUUCAUUUUAUUGAAACAAAGAAAAAUGGUGGCACCUAUGUACAGGGGAUAUGGGGGAUGGCCCACGCCUGGUAUAAAGUACUGCUACCAGUGCUGUGCUUUGCAUGUGGCAUGUACUGCCACCACCUGCCUGUGAGCAGUGCAACUGUGGUGUGUGCUGCUCAGGUUCAUCAUGCCAGAACGCAGUAUAUGUGUCUGUUCAAGUGUAUCAUGUGUGUGUGCGUGUAUGUAUGUAUGUCACCGGACCUUCCCCUCGGCUAGCGGCCGGACACGCCACCGAUGCAGCAGCGUGACCAGUGCCUGUCCCUUCGGGGACUGCGUAGUGCCUAGUGGCAGUAGGAUCAAGAUCAAGAUGUGUGUACUGUACGUAUGUAUGCAUGUAUGUAUGCAUGCAUGCAUGUAUGUAUGUAUGUAUGUAUGUAUGUACUCAAUCUGCGCAUGUAUGUAUGUAU